GAUACUUUGGCAAGGUGAGCGAGGGCGGGCGGAGCUUGGUUUUCGCUGGUUGGAAGAGCCGCGAUUUUGAGGGUUCAGUAGAAUCUUCUUUUGCUCUAGACUAGAAGGACAAUCAGAAUGCAGACUCCAGUAACUCUUCUAGCUUCACCAGCUCUGCUCCGCUGCUGUUCUCGAAUUCUAACUAGGCCAGCUUCCCUAUCUUUACUGAGUAGGCCUGAGACACAAACUGUGCAGCCGUUUGGCUUUUCCACUCAUCAGCUGGCUCAUCGGGAAAUCCAAACCAGCUCUGUCUCCCGUGAUAUUGAUACAGCUGCUAAAUUCAUUGGUGCUGGUGCUGCUACGGUGGGAGUAGCUGGUUCAGGAGCUGGGAUUGGAACAGUGUUUGGCAGCUUAAUCAUUGGUUAUGCCAGGAACCCAUCCCUCAAGCAGCAAUUGUUUUCUUAUGCUAUCCUUGGUUUUGCCCUUUCGGAAGCCAUGGGGCUCUUCUGUUUGAUGGUGGCGUUCCUGAUUCUGUUUGCCAUGUAAAAAGGCUCUGCUGUCCUCUCAGUUUAAACCUUCUGUUAGAGAUAUAAACAAACUUUAAAUAAAUAUAAUUCAAGGUU